AUGCAGUCAACCUAGUUGAAUCGUAUAGACCAGGACCCUCCGCUGACCGUCACAUUACGGAGCUGUUGGAGAGAAUGCGUACUAGGGACGACGAAGAUGAUGACGACAGCGACUCAGAUAUGCGUUGGAAACGUGGUGAUAAUGGCGCAAAGAUCACAGGUCAGGAUCUCUAAAGCAACAACUCAAUGGCGAGGGCCGAAUGUUUUGAUUACGAGGGAGGAGCGAGCCAGCGGAAUGAACGACGAUAUGAGUACCCCGGGAGACGAGCCGCCCACUGGCGAUGUGACGAGUAGCCCACUGGCCAGUGGCGAAGUGGAAGAGGAACAGGCUCCGAAGGGAGGGAGGAAAAGAAAACGUCGAACUUCCGAAAGUCGUCGGGUGGUGGAGCUCCGAAGAUCUAAGCGCCCUAGGAAAGAACACCGUAGUGCUGAUUAUCAUUAUGAUUGAAUUUUGGAAAUUUUCGGAUUAGAUUUAGUUUUUCAAUGAUUUGAAUUCGAUAUUUGUUCUUGAAUUGUUUGAACUCUCGUGGAUUUAUUUCGCGUUCCGAUUAUUGUUAUAACAUAG